AUGUCGCAAACAUUACGGAGGCAGAAUACUCACCUCAGUCAAAGUACUCGCAGUUCGACUUCGCGUCGAAGUGACGACUCGCAAGAAUCAAGGAGUACGGCGCCGACGUCGGUUGGUUACAGUCCGCGACCGUCGACACACCACGCAUAUACUGAACAACCCGUCUACUCGAAGCGAGACUAUGAGUUCUCCCCUACCGCUACCUAUGUCGCUCGAUCGUCAGUUGAAACGUAUGCGUCAGGUGCAUCAGAAGAGGAUCUUUUCUUAGAACCAGAGUCAUAUGAGGAGGAGUACGAUGCCGAGUAUGAAGUUCCUGAAUAUCUAGAAGUCGUCGAGACGGACUUGAGACCUACAAACCCCAGCAAUUUCGCCGACUACUUCCCUUCCACGAAGCGAUUGUUCAUUAGACAUGACGACACAACCUAUGACGGGAAUAUGAACUUAAGGGUGGAUACUGAAGGAUCAAGUAAGAAAACGGGCAACGUUCAGCUAUUUCACCUUCGGAUGCAGGACUUGAAGAAACGAGAGUUCUCUCUGCGGCGUUAUGAGCGAGCAUCUGGCCGAGAAGUAUGUCAUUCAGCCCGGAAAUAUGAGAAACUAUCAGAGCAGCGACCCGCCCUGACGAGAUCCGUAAGCCACGCGAUCGCAGGUUUUCGCAAACCAGAAUUCAAGCGAACUGGCUCGAUGUUGUCACAGCACAGUCAGAAGAGCACGAAGAGUAUCAAAAGAUCUGAUAGCGGUUAUGGGUCGAUACAUGAGAACACCACUGAGGUGACCGACUUCAUGGCUGAACUCAAAGCAAAGUCCCCUUCUCUCCCAACAAAUACCACCAAGCUUGAGUUCUCAAACUAUGCGCAAGUGGACGUCAAGCGUCGAGGUAAGAAGUCGUCAAAAAGAUAUGAGUUCGAGUAUUGGGGAUACACAUAUAAGUGGAAGAGGGUAGAAGAGAAAUACUCGGGAGGCAAAUCCGUAUCAUAUCAUUUGCAUAAGGGCGAGGGUCCAGCUAUUGCUCAUAUUGUCCCUGAAUUGAGGUCACCUGCGCAGAUGCAUGCAGAACGCGCUGCCGGUGGAUGGGUGCCUCCUUGCUCAAUGUGGAUUUCAGAUCCAAGUGUAGUGGAGGCACUCACUGAUGUUGCCGACGUCAUCAUUUCUACCGGUCUCAUUGCACUGGUCGAUGACUGCAUCAAACAGCACUUCAAUGUGAAGCCAAAGCAUACCCAUUCCGUCGCCGUACCACUCACCAACAUGAAGUAUGACAUGGAAUUUGUCUCGCCAAAAGCAAUGGUUGAGCAAAUGUUCAAACGCACAAACUCGAAUAGUUCGUCAAAAGAAAGAGAUCAGAGAGGGUCACCCCUAAAAUUUGGAAAUCCCGUUUACGCUCAUUGA